GUUCUUACAAGGUCAAGGCCUCCUCUCCAGCGCGUUUGAAAACAAACUAUUGUCUCAACAGGCUGUUCGAGCUUUUUGUCCUGAAUUUACAUUCAAACCCCCAAAACACUUUUUCUCUUUCCACUACUAAAUUCUCCCGCAAAUAAACCAUUUGACCAAGGGUAUUACCGUAAUUUUCUCCCACAUGUCAAAACAAACCCACCUCACCGGAAAAUCCUUGUCCAAAGCUCCAAUCUCUCUUUUCCUCUCCAUCCCAAAUCGAUCUCUCCCCGCCAUAGACAGAUCCACGAAACCCUAAUUAUAAUUUGGGGGAAGUUGAAGGAGACCCUAGUAUUGUUGAUCUAGGUUAGGUGUUUCCGAUUCGAGGUGAUUCGAAUCGAGGGAGCUCAGGAUGGGCGAUUUCAAUCUCGCGCUCGUAAUCGUCGCCAUUGUUGUGUGCGUUAUUGUGUUCCUCUUCAAUGUUUACCUUCUCGUUAAUUAUCAGCACCCUGAUGACGCUAACCAGGCGUAUUUUCCCAAAUUCGUCGUCGUUUUGGGGCUCUCCGUCGCCGCCAUUUCCAUACUGAUGUUACCGGCGGACGUGGCGAAUCGGCAGGCUUGUCGUCACGCGAUAUACAAUGGUGCCUGUAAUCUCACCUUGCCGAUGAAAGAUCUGUGGCUUGCUAUUUAUAUUCUUGAUGCGGUGCUUGUGUUCUUCGUGAUUCCCUUUGCAAUGUUCUACUAUGAAGGGGACCAGGACAAGACCGUUGGAAAGAGGAUUAAAAGUGCGUUGAUAUGGGUGGUGACGACCGCCAUUGUUUGUGCUCUCGUGCUGGGAAUCUUAUAUGGGCUUAUUGGAGAGGUGGACUUUACUGUUAGGCACCUUUCUUCUACCACAGCUUCCUUUCCUAAUACUUGGCAAUUCUCUAGUACUCAACCAUGUAUAGGUUCUGCACGCCAGUGUUCUGCAUAUUCUGCUGAUGCUGCAUCAGAGAGGACAUGGACCAUGCGUACAACCUUCCCAGAAUAUGUUGUUGCUCUUGCUACCAUUGUUGGAUCAGUACUUUUCUCUAUAUUUGGUGGGGUUGGUAUUGCAUCUCUACCACUGGGGCUCAUUUUUUCCUUCAUUCGGCGUCCAAAGGCUGUUAUUACUCGGUCACAAUAUAUAAAGGAAGCAACUGAACUAGGUAAGAAAGCGAAAGAAUUGAAGAAAGCAGCUGAUGCCCUCCAUCAAGAAGAAAGAAGUGGGUCUAAGGGUAGAAAAUGGCGUAAAAAUGUGAAGGCCGUAGAGAAGGAAUUACUUCAGUUGGAAGAAGAUGUAAAACUUCUGGAAGAAAUGUAUCCACAAGGAGAGAAGGCUGAGACUUCUUGGGCUCUGACUGUUCUUGGUUACUUGGCAAAACUUGUCUUGGGGAUUUUGGGGUUGAUUGUUUCUAUUGCUUGGAUUGCUCACAUAAUCAUCUAUUUGUUGAUUGACCCUCCUCUUUCUGCUUUCCUGAAUGAGGUUUUCAUCAAGCUGGAUGAUGUUUGGGGUCUUUUGGGAACUGCGGCAUUUGCAUUUUUCUGCUUCUAUCUCUUGCUGGCUGUUAUUGCUGGAGCAAUGAUGCUUGGCCUCAGACUGGUUUUCAUUACAAUUCAUCCCAUGAAGUGGGGAGCUACACUUAUGAACUCAUUUUUAUUUAAUGUGGCACUAAUUCUCCUAUGCUCGAUCAGUGUGAUCCAGUUCUGUUCUACAGCAUUUGCUUACUAUGCUCAAGCAACAGCUGCUCAGGAAAUAUUUGGUCACACUUUGCAAUCUCUUCGUGGAAUUAAAUAUUUGUACAAGUACAAUGUAUUUCAAAUUGCAUUUAUCGUCCUGGCGGGUCUGACCUUUGUGUAUUAUGCUGCCUUCGGAUGGAGAAGAAGAAAACCCAGCGGCAGGUUCCAACUUUCCUCUUAAGCUAUGUUUUGGCUAGAAAACCAUGCACCCAUAUGAAGGACCCAUCAGAAUUUUCAGUUUUAACAUAUCUUUUUGAGUGGUUUGCAUUGUCGGAUGGCAUCGUCUAGUUUUGUUCUUUGAUGAGAGAUUUAACGAAGUGGGCAGAUUUCAUCUGAUUCUGAGUCGGGUUAGUGCAGUGGGAAAGGCAUUUGAUACCACUGUUUUUUCUUCUUUUUUCAUAUGCUUUACUCUUUCUUGUAUCUAUUAUUCCUUUGUUUGAUUCGUGUUGACAUUGGCUUUGGUCAUGUAAUUUAGUUAUCCUCUUCACACAUGCAAACUGGGUUUAUUGGAAAUAUCCUUGAUGUAAUAUAACCAUGAAGAACAACUAGCUGUACUUUCACUAGUUUCAUGUAGUUGUAACCAUUAUUUUAUCCAAGUUUAAUUUGUUUGUUCAAA